GUAGGCGGCGGCAGCGGCGGCGGCGCGGAGCGGCAGGCGGCGGAGCGAGGCCGCGCGCGCCGAAGAUGGCUGAGAAGCAGAAGCACGACGGGCGGGUGAAGAUCGGACACUACGUGCUGGGCGACACGCUGGGCGUCGGCACCUUCGGCAAAGUGAAGAUUGGAGAACAUCAAUUAACAGGCCAUAAAGUGGCAGUUAAAAUCUUAAAUAGACAGAAGAUUCGCAGUUUAGAUGUUGUUGGAAAAAUAAAACGAGAAAUUCAAAAUCUAAAACUCUUUCGUCAUCCUCAUAUUAUCAAACUAUACCAGGUGAUCAGCACUCCAACAGAUUUUUUUAUGGUCAUGGAAUAUGUGUCUGGAGGUGAAUUAUUUGACUACAUCUGUAAGCAUGGACGGGUUGAAGAGAUGGAAGCCAGGCGGCUCUUUCAACAGAUUCUGUCUGCUGUGGAUUACUGUCAUAGGCAUAUGGUUGUUCAUCGAGACCUGAAACCAGAGAAUGUCCUGUUGGAUGCACACAUGAAUGCCAAGAUAGCUGAUUUUGGAUUGUCUAAUAUGAUGUCAGAUGGUGAAUUUCUGAGAACUAGUUGUGGAUCUCCAAAUUAUGCAGCACCUGAAGUCAUCUCAGGCAGAUUGUACGCGGGUCCUGAAGUUGACAUAUGGAGCUGUGGUGUUAUCUUGUAUGCUCUUCUUUGUGGCACUCUCCCAUUUGAUGAUGAGCAUGUACCUACAUUAUUUAAGAAGAUCCGAGGCGGUGUCUUUUAUAUCCCAGAAUAUCUCAAUCGUUCUGUCGCCACUCUCCUGAUGCAUAUGCUGCAGGUUGAUCCACUAAAACGAGCAACUAUCAAAGAUAUAAGAGAGCAUGAAUGGUUUAAACAAGAUUUGCCCAGUUACUUAUUUCCUGAAGACCCUUCCUAUGAUGCUAACGUCAUUGAUGAUGAGGCUGUGAAAGAAGUGUGUGAAAAAUUUGAAUGUACAGAAUCAGAAGUAAUGAACAGUUUAUAUAGUGGUGACCCUCAAGACCAGCUUGCAGUGGCUUAUCAUCUUAUCAUUGACAAUCGGAGAAUAAUGAACCAAGCCAGUGAGUUCUACCUCGCCUCUAGUCCUCCGUCUGGUUCUUUUAUGGAUGAUAGUGCCAUGCAUAUUCCCCCAGGCCUGAAACCUCAUCCAGAAAGGAUGCCACCUCUUAUAGCAGACAGCCCCAAAGCAAGAUGUCCAUUGGAUGCACUGAAUACGACUAAGCCCAAAUCUUUAGCCGUGAAAAAAGCCAAGUGGCAUCUUGGAAUCCGAAGUCAGAGCAAACCGUAUGACAUUAUGGCUGAAGUUUACCGAGCUAUGAAGCAGCUGGAUUUUGAAUGGAAGGUAGUGAAUGCAUACCAUCUUCGUGUAAGAAGAAAAAAUCCAGUGACUGGCAAUUACGUGAAAAUGAGCUUACAACUUUACCUGGUUGAUAACAGGAGCUAUCUUUUGGACUUUAAAAGCAUUGAUGAUGAAGUAGUGGAGCAGAGGUCUGGUUCCUCAACACCUCAGCGUUCCUGUUCUGCUGCUGGCUUACACAGACCAAGAUCAAGUUUUGAUUCCACAACUGCAGAGAGUCAUUCACUUUCAGGCUCUCUCACUGGCUCUUUGACCGGAAGCACAUUGUCUUCAGUUUCACCUCGCCUGGGCAGUCACACCAUGGAUUUUUUUGAAAUGUGUGCCAGUCUGAUUACUACUUUAGCCCGUUGAUCUGUCUCUAGUUUCUUUGUUAUUGCACUAUGAAAAUCAGAUAUAUUCUUUAAAUUUUUAUCUUACUUUUGGAUAAUAUCCACUGCAAUACUAAUUGAGAGACAUGAAUUAUGUCCAGGGGACAUUGAAAUUACUGAAAACAAAAUCUCUGACAUCUUAUUUACUUGUAGAAAUCUGUAAUUCUAUUGUGCCUAUGAUAAAUUCACAUAGGCAGUAUCUUUAAUAGGUUAAUAUCGAUGAAGAUGUUUAAUUACAAUAAUGAGUUCACUACAAAUGAUUAACACACCACACUGGUGAACCAUCUCAAUGUAAGGGUGGUUUGGCAACACUCCUUGCUUUACUGUUUGGUGUAGGUAAAUCCAGUUUACUUCCUAAAUUUCAGUAGGCUUUAUGCUGUGUUUAUGCCCCCAAUUUAUUUUAACAAAAGAAGAUUAAAAAGUAAAAGAACCACGAGUAAGAUAUUUAAAUGUUGAAAUCUUAAAAACCUGCCCCCAGGGUUUCAGAAGCCAAGUUCUUUUAACAGUAUUUUUACAAAUACUGCCUAGUAUAUUCAACAGGAGGACUGUGGUCAUGUCACAGGUAGCCACAAUUUUCAGGUUUCUUAAAAGCAGCUGUAACUGACUCAG